UAAACCAGCCCCUUUCAAUGUGUUCAUGUAUACAAAAGGAAAGGGAUCCAGCUGGGAGAUCCGGCAGCAGCUGGCAAUCACUUUCGAAGUUGCACCUACCCCUCCAGCACGACCACUCUUUCUCAACAUGAGGCUGACAGCAUGAUGGGCCAACGCUGUAAAGUUCAUCUUCAUCUAUCAUCUUCAACCUCCAGAUCCCUUAAAAAAAAUUCGAUGUAGUUAUUAGCUGUCAAUGUUACAAUGGAAAGCCUCCCAUCAUACGAACAAGCAACCACCGCGCCACAUUGGCUGCAGCUUGUAGGCCCAUAUGUGCUAACGACUGAUUGGAGACGGUGUUCCCGCGUUAACAAGCUCUUCUACCAACAAUUUGCUCCUCGCCUCUGGCUUGAUCCUCUUGUCACAGCAAGACAUCACGGCCUGCAUCCAAAUGAUGACCUCGCGUGGUAUUGCAGAUUUGUUUACGUCCACCUAAACUCCGUAAGACUAAUGACGAGAGAAUUUGUGCGGUCGCUGGACUUUCGAAACUUUGCCGUCGUUGCCUCUGGUCUUUAUUCAACAGAUGCCAGUGAGAGGGCAAUAUCCAAUAGUUUCAAGCAUCUUCCAACCCUCUUCCCCCGACUUGUGUGCUUACUUGUUGAUGGACAUCCCGAGCUCAAUCCGGAGUCACUUGCGUGGGUUGAUGUAAUCAACACAGACAGGAAAACCCCGAACUCCCUUCAAUUACUUGAUCUUGCAAAUUGCCCACACCACCUCAACGCUAACUUCUUCCGAUCCGCCUAUCUCAGAGAUCUCGUGUAUCUAGACAUAUCGUCGUUGCCCGGCUCCAUAAGCCAAACAGUAAAAGCUUCCCUUAAUCCGGAUCACGUACCGGGUCUUCGAGUGCUCAAAAUACGGCAACGUGAGUUGGAUGAUUCCUCGGCGCGUAUCUUGCUUCAGAGGUUUGGACGACAAUUAUGGAGUUUGGAUUUAUCCAAUAACAAGCUAACCGAUGCCACAAUCGAUACAUUGAUCAGGAUGUCUUUCUCGUCUCUGACUUUGCGGUCAGAUGCACAUUUCCAUAUCGAGGGCAAACUAAUCAGCCCUGGACGACUAGGUACUAUUGAGUAUGGGCCGCUUGAGUUCCUAAUGGAAUCGAAAGAAAGUUCCACGUUUGUUCAUCCUAUGCGUUACUUUCCAGACGCGCCGCCAUACAUCUGUGGUAGAAGCCACCAGGAACUACAGGAGUGGCAGACUGUGCGAUGUAGUGGCGCCGGUCCUCGACGGUGUGACGACAUUGACAGCGUGAAAAGUCACUUGCUUGCAGAUUUGCUCGGUCAGCAACCAGUAUCUACGAGCAGUCUUACGCACGACGCACGCAGCGGCCAAGGGGGGCUCACUCACCUAUCCAUCAGCGGCAACCAAAUUACAUCGGCAGGGGUUCGGAGGCUGCUGAGAUGUACAUUAGGACGACUGGAGCAUUUCGAUUGCAGCGUUCAGCACAUCUCUUCAAUCACUUCAAACGCCCAGUCUAGUCUCCGGAUAAGCGGGCUUUUUGGAACAUCACACCUGAUCCGGCCCGUAUUCUCGUCAAAUCUCCGACAUUUGCGCGUCCAUCACUCCCUGGUGACAAACAUACCUACUGUCAACAGCCGGGAGCUGUCACAGCGAGCGGCUGCGGUCUUCGCGGAAACUGUCGUUCGCGAACACGCCCAGAUAGCUUAUCCCCAAGUAUUUGUGCCAGACACGAACCCACGCUUGUCAUCCUUGACACUUACUCACAUACCAACGCACUCUAUUGGCCCUUUGAUUUUGGCCCUCACUAAUUUCUUGGAUCUCGCCUCAAGUCAACAGCAUGCAGUUGAAAAGGUCCUGGCAUCAAGCACUCAACGAGGCUCUAAGGUCGUGAGAGGACUGCAGUACAUCCGGUUGGAAUUGUUGUCUGAUGAAGAGCUACCAACUGCAUUAUUCGAUGACGACGUUGACUUCGAUCAACUCCUCGACCCUGCUAGUUUUACGAAUGAUAACCUAGAUGAAACAAGCGGAGACGCGCAGGCAGGACUACUUGCAGAGAACGCCGAAAACCAAAUCGGCAGAGAAACCCAGGUGAUAGGUUCGCCAAAAAUGUCAGAAACAGCCGGAAACUCUCAAAGCGAUAUCUGGCAGCACUCAGGAGAUGUUUUCAUCGUGCAUCGGGUUGAAGCUCCUGAAUCUUGGACUGGAAAUGUAUUUACCCUGAAAGUUUGGACCGGCAGUGAGGUAACUGGAAUGUCUCCUGCUGUCAGCAAGUACACAGCCAAUGUACAAGAUCCUAAACUUCGUAAGAAUGUUGGGCCCGCUAUGCCUCAUCAUGUUGCUGCAGGUGUGCCAUAUGGGUCAUACAUCUUUUAUACUGCUUGGGAUGAAAUGAUUUUCCCUGGAGGCAAUGCUAAGCCCAACCUACAACCAUUACUAGCUUUGCACAAAGAUGUUGCUGUAGCUAUUAAGGAAUAUCGUGCUCAAACGAGAGGUACGGACAGAUAUUGGAAAGGGAAACUCGAAUUGGUCAGGGACAAACGGUAAACAGACGAGUUGACGCAGUGUCUUUUGAAUUGGUAGGACUGGAAGCAGAUUACUUAGCUGAAAGGUCACCACUUUCUUACAACAACGCAUUCUACAACAAUCCAUGUUAUUCUAUACAAUACCAUCCCACUCGACUUAAGUCUGCCUAAUUUGACGUCUUUUUCCGUAACAGGGGAGGGUUUGAGUAUUGUAAAAAACCAAACGUGGAAUGAUUUGGGACGCCACGUCUAGCGGGCUGGAUUGCCAAAACUGAAAAAGUCUUUGACGUCAUCAUGCUGUCAUGACCAGUGUACGUCCAUCAACACUCCGGCUAUAUUGAACUCCAUUCGGAUCCA